CGUACUUUACGGUUGCGGUUUUAAUAAAAAUGGCUGAACCGAAAGUUGAUCAACAAUUUUCUGAAGAAACUCGAAUAAAUUACGACACUAAGGAAGCGAUCACUGAUGGCAUUAUCGACCUUUUAAAGCCAUCUGUUGUUGAAAUUGACGACAGAGUAAGAACUGUGAGGGAGAGUCAAGUUGAGUUAAGACAGCAGAUUGAUAGCCUUGCAGCAGAUUUGCAUGUAAUUUCUGAGAACCAGCAAGUUCCGGUUGACCUGGAAUCAUAUGUGAAGAAACUAAACAACUCAAGGCGCCGUGUGAUGCUGGUCAACAACAUACUGCAAAACGUUCAGGAGCGAUUGAAUAAACUGUACAGCAAUGUUUCAAAAGAGACAGCCCGCCGGAAAGCCACACUGGACCCCGGAAGGCCAAAAUAGAAUGAAACAAGGAUAAUGUAUGAAAAAAGAUGUGGGAUUAAUGACAUUGAUGCAUUCCAGUGCUUUGCAUAUUUGUAAUUACAUGCUGAAGUCUUUAUUUUUGUACAUAAGAACAAGUUAAUUGGGGAUAGUUCUUCAAAAUAUUUGUAAAUGCGGUUUCAAGAGAUGAUGAAAACUAGUGAAGACUUCCACUGUGUUAAACUUUAUAUUAUUUACAGCUUUAAAUAGGGGAGUGAUUAAUGUAGAUUUAUGCUUUUGGAGCAUAUACUUGCCACAUCCUCAGUGCAUCCAUCCAUGCUUCCAACUCGUGUUCAGUCUUUUUCUGAGCAAACAGUGGCUGGUAUUCGAAGAAAGAUUAUGGGUAACUUUAGGAUGAAAGAUGAACAUACAUGUAUUAUCAGCAUGUUCCAGCUUGGUGUUUUUCACACAGUUAUGGCCCUUUUAACUUCUCUUGUUUGAUAUAAGACCAGCCUGUCACACUAUUUGUGUCACAGCUUUUUCUGAGCUAUUAAAGCUUUUAAUUUCAAUGACCCCUUAUGGGGAAGCUUUACUUACAGGAGAUGGUAAUAUUUUCAGCACGUUAAGGUUCAGUGAUUUUUCACUGAGUAAUGGCUUUUUCAAUCGAUAUGUAGUGUAAGAGGUCCAUUCGCGUCCAGGCUUUUUCUCAGCAAUUACUGGCUAGAAUUCAUAACACCUUAUAAGUUAUGGAAAUCUUUACUUACAAGAAUGUUCAGACAAUUUACAGCACAUUCCCAAUCUGUUAAUUUUCAAGGAGUUUGUACCCCGUGAGGGAACACAAUGGUACCUAGUUGAUUCAACACGCCAUCAUAAUACAGAUUAAAGAUAUCUUAUCGCCUUAAUAGUUGAUCAAUAUGUGCAAUAUUAUUUGUUAAUUUUUAAGCUUGUCUGUUUUCAAACAAAAGUUCUGAUAUUGUCAUAGCCUUGGUUUAUGUGUCACAUUGGCCAUUACUAAAAAGCUGUUCAAUAUAUUCAAAUGAAACUUAAUAUAUACCUUAUAUCAGUGAGAAUAUGCAGAUGUAUAGUAAGGCUCAUAACUCUGUAUGUAGUAAUCAUGAAGUUAUGUCCCUUGUUUUACCUGGGGAGAAACAACAGACAACAGCGUUGACUUUUUAUUUGGUCCUUUUGUUGUAUGAAUGUAGUGCUCAUGUUGUAAGAAUUUCAGCUGCAGCUGACUUAUAAAAAGUUCAUGCUGAUAUAAAUUGUGUUUUAAAGUAAAUGAUGGUGUACAUUGUAUUUAUGGAAGAUUCUGGAUAUAGUUUCAGUUUCUGAUUAUCACUGUUUAUGAUUCUUGCAUUACUGUGUUGUUAAUGUACCUUAAAAUAUAUGAAUAUAGUAUGUAUAAAAAUC